GCCAGAGAUCGCUAAAUUAAAUAAAAUGGCGCUUGUUUGAAAUUCGCCUUGUAUUCUCAGAAGGUGAAGCCGGAGAGAUGAAUGUUUCCAGGAGGAGCGAGACUGACUGGCAGGGGUUGGUCAAUGAGUUCCUAGUUUGCAAGCGCAAGUUGGAGAGCAAAAAAGAAGCUCUUUUGAUUUUGUCCAAAGAGCUGGACACCUGUCAACAGGAGAGGGACCAAUACAAACUGAUGGCCAACCAGCUUCGUGAGCGGCACCAAGGACUCAAGAAAAAGUAUAGAGAACUCAUUGACGGAGAUUCUACUUUGCCUCCUGAAAAAAGGAAUCAGGUGAAUUUUGGUCAGUUAUUGAGAGACUCCAAAGACAAAAACAAGCAACUCUCUGAGGAGGUGAAAGAACUGAAGCAACGGCUGGUGGAAGCCCAGGGUGAUAACAAGCUCCUACGAAUGACCAUCACAAGACAGAGGCUGGGCGAUGAAGAGGUUGGUGCUCGACACUUCCCUGCCCAUGAACGAGAGGACCUUGUCAAGCAGUUAGAAAGAGCAAGAGAACAGACCGAGUUGCUGGAGCACAAUGUGAAGUCGCUAACUGAUGAGCUUCAGGAUGUAAGGGCCGAGCGCAAUGUUUUCCAGGAGAAGGCUCACCGUCUUAAUCUGGAAAUGAACCAAGUGUUGGGGAAUGACGACAUACGAAUUUUAGAUAUAGAUGCACUCUGCGUGGAGAACAGGUAUUUACAGGAGCGAUUCAGUCAACUACAGGAGGAGAUCAACAUGCUCAAAGCAAACCUAAUGAAGUACAAGAGUGCACUUGAGAGCAGGAAGAACUGCAAAUUCAUUGGAAAGCCCAACAGCAGUGCACUCACCGGUGUUCUCUCUGCAAAACAAGUGCAAGAGCUGUUAAUCUCUGAAGAAAAUGGCUGCAGUUUACCUGUGACUCCUCAGAGCAUUUCAGACCUCAAGUCCCUUGCCACAGCCCUUUUGGAAACUAUCCAUGAAAAAAAUAUGGUUAUUCAGCACCAACGCCAAACCAACAAGAUUCUUGGAAAUCGAGUGGCAGAUCUGGAAAAGAAACUUAAAAUACUAGAGGCGUCUGGACUAUGGCGACUACCAGGAGGAAGAGACACCAUCAUCCUUAAUGAUAAAAAGCAGACAUCGUCCCUAGAUCCAAAUGACCAGCAAGGGGAUGAUCGAUCAGAAGAAAUGUCUGUGACUGAGCAGAGCUCCCAUGAAACUCCCAGCAAAGUGGACAAACCAGCAACCACACCAGCAAGUCUGAAAGCGUUUCAUGGAGAGCCACCCCCACAAAUCUUUGAAGAGACAUUGCACCAAAAUACCGCUUGCCCAUCUGCUGAGUCACUUCCAGUCAGUCCUCAUGAAGAAAGGCCAAAAAAUGAUGAAUGUCAGAACAGUAGCCAACCACAAAUCACAAAAGAGUCAGUGGCUUUCCCAAGUCAACAGUUGAAAGAGACUGGAUAUUUAUCACCUCCCACAACACCAGAUGGAAAGGUGCCCCAUCUGGCAGAUGGCUGCCAAUUUCAGGGACCUUCACAAGACUGUAUGUCCAUGGAAGGGGAGGAUGAGUUGGAUGACAUGAGGACUGAGAGCACCUCCAUGGUGGGAAACAUUACAGCAUCAUCCACCUCUACACCUGAGGCCAAUUUAAGGUCUGCUGAUGGACAGGAGGUAAUGUCAAGCCAAAAGAUGGUACUUUCAGAUGUAUCAGAUGGGUGUGUUUAUCAGGAAGUCUGA